GUCGUCAUCAUCAUCAUCAUCAUCAUCAUUAUCAUCAUUAUCAUCAUCAUCAUCAUCAUCAUCGUUUUCAUCGUCAUCGUCCACGUUGUUCUUCUUCUUCUUCUUUUUCUUCUUCUUCUUCUUCUUGUCCUCCUCGUCCUUUGCUCGUGGCUCCUCGUGGGAAGCAGUGAAAGAAAGAAAGCCCCCAAGGAUUACGUCAAACCAAGGAAAUAUGAGCAUUGCUGCCCUACUACAGGCUGCCGAGUAUAUUGAACGAAGGGAAAGAGAAGCUGAACAUGGCUAUGCUUCGACGAUGCCGAUACCCGAUGAUAUGCGGACGGUCACAAAAAGGCCAAAAACGAAAAAAUCCCAAGGCAGUAGAACGACUCAUAACGAGCUGGAGAAAAAUAGGAGAGCUCACCUCAGAAAUUGUCUCGAAAAGUUGAAGAUGCUGGUACCCUUAGGUCCUGAAACUUCGAGGCACACUACGUUGGGCCUCUUGACCAAGGCCAAACGUUUUAUCAAAAGCCUGGAGGAACGUGAACGGAAACAUACGGUGCACAAGGAACAACUUUCGCGCGAGCAAAGGUUCCUAAGGCGACGGCUCGAACAGCUGACGAGUCAAACAGGCUUGCACGGCCUUCAUCAGGGUCUCCAUCAAGGUCUCCAUCACGGACAUGCACUCCAUCAUGGACUUCACCAUGGGCAUGGGCUGAGUUCAUCACCAUUGAGCUCCUCUGCACCAAGCGGAUCCUCUUCCGCUGCAGCCGCGGCUGCAGCAGCUGCGGCACUUCUUUCGAAACGGCGCAGUAUCUCCGAGUGCUCACUCGGCACGGCCUCCUCCACCAGUUCCACUGCAAGCUCCAGGAACUCCGACAGGUCUGCUGGCAGUCCAUCCGUCUCGGAGUCCGGUAAGUAUUUUAAUUCAUUUUCUAUUUUUUUGUUUAUUUUUUAUUUUUUUUUAUUUCUUUUCUUUUUUUUUUUUUUUCAUAACAAUUACUGCGAAAAAUUUUACAACGCUCAUCCUUUUUCCUUUUACGCUUUUACUUGUACGUCAGUCUCCUCUUUUCGAAUCAUACAAACUAUCACCGAUAAUAAUCAACAGCCAAUGGCAACAGCAAUGGUAACAGCAUCGAGACUACGAACUACUUUUGGGCCGUCGUCAAAAUCUCUCUGUUACCUUUUAAACGUUCGCUAUUAUGUACAGAACCGGGAUACUUCCUAA